GGCAUGGUUCAUCUCGCCCGACUCUUUGAAGAAUGCAAUGCAAGAGGUGCUCUCGCCCGCCAUUCAUAGUCUCGCCGCCGACAAAUGCCCACUUGAUACGCCCCUCUCGUGUACCAAUUCUACGCCAGUUGCUGAUUCCUGCUGUUUUGAAUACCCAGGAGGAGUUCUCUUACAGACACAAUUCUGGGACUACUCCCCGCCAAUUGGGCCCAGCGACAUGUUCACCUUGCACGGGCUCUGGCCUGACAACUGCGACGGCUCCUUUGAGCAGUUCUGCAACAACGAUUUGAACAUCAAGAACGUCCGUGAGAUUAUGACGCGCUUCAACGAGACAGAGUUAUUGGCCAAAAUGAGCCAUGUGUGGAAGAACUUCAACGGCAACGACGAGCUGCUCUGGAUCCACGAGUUCAACAAGCACGGCACAUGCAUGUCCACCAUCAAUCCACAAUGUUACGGGAACGACUACCAGAAGGACCAGAACGUGGUGGAUUUCUUCAAAAUUUCGGUAGAGUUGUUUGAAAGGCUUCCGUCAUACAAGUGGUUGGAAGAGGCUGGAAUCGUCCCCUCAGAGACCCAAACUUAUAGCAAGCAGGAAAUCGAAAAGGCCUUGUCUGACAAAUUUGGUGAGGAUGUGAGAAUCGGGUGCAACCGGUACCACGCGUUGCAGGAGAUCUGGUACUUCUACCACGUCCAAGGCUCGCUUUUGGGGAAGAAAUUUGUACCGAUUUCGCCGUUGGCAGGUUCAUCCUGUCCCAACGAGGGCAUUAAAUUCAUGCCGAAGGGCUGGAAGGCCCCAGCACCGACCCACACCCGUCCAUCUCAGCCAGUUCCAACUGGCGACGGCACCCGCGGAUACAUUAAGUUAACUAACCAGAGAGGAUGCCUCAUCAGCAACGGGAAGUGGUAUGCCAGUGGCUCCUGUGCGGCCUUCUACGUGAUUAAAGCUCCGUUCGGCGGCUAUAGCUUAAAGUCAUCGAAGGGCUUCUGUGGCAUUAAUGGGUUGGGCGAGUUAACCUGCAACCGGUUCGUUGACGCCUCACAGUAUCAGUUCCUGUACGAUAAAGAACUGAAGUUGAUCACGUACGGUGGGAAGGAUAACUGGAGUGCGGAGAAACAGCCCAGCAAGUUCAAGCAAAUUGGAGUGAAGCCAGGUAACAGCGGCGACAUUGUCUUUCAGCUCAGAUUUGACGCCUUUGGAGGGUAGGCGUAGUAGACG